CGUUUUGUUUUUGGGCCGCAUGCGAGCUCAUUGGGGCGCCUGCGCGCUGUUGUUGAGUGGCCUCGAGGCCGCACCGCUGCGCUUUCGACUCGUGCGCCGCCGCGAGGGCUAUACAAGGCCCUCUCUGCGGAGUGCACUGUCGUCGCGGAUAAGCAUGCGGCCGCAAGACAAGAAAUUAAUUGCGGACGCCACCGCCGCGUCCGUCGCGGCCGUCGCAGUCGCGGCGGCGCUCGGGCCGAAGGCGUGCAGUAGGAAAGGCGGCGCCUUCUCGUCGGCGCUCGUCGAGCAGUGCCGCGGAUUGCGUUACGACGUCCCCUAUGAAGUGCAGGGCCUGGUCGACCCGGUGUGCGACACCUUAGCUGAUGGUCACUGGGCAUUGACUGGUAUUGUUGCGGCCAAUGUGGCGUGCUUCCUGCCCGCCCUCGCCAACUACAAGCAGUGGUGCGUCUCUAAGCACGAGCUGAGCCACGAGCGGUUGCUACGCUACCAGCUCGCGCACGCCAAUUUGCCGCAUAUCAUGGGCAACAUGCUCACGCUCCUUGCCGUGGGCUCGGAGGUCUCCGAAGCACUGGGCUGCAACCAGCUAGUUCUCCUCGCUCUGUAUCUCGCGUGCGGCUGGGCGGGCGGCCUGUGCGCCGCGUUGCUCUCGAACGGCUCGACGGUCGGCGCCUCGGGCUCCGUCUCGGGCGUGAUCAUUGCGCUGUCGGUGCUUAGACCGACGUCGGCCGUGACUAUCCUCGGGAACGUCGAGGCGUCGAAUCCGCUCAUGUUACUUGGCGGUACCUUGGCCGCCGACCUCUCGCGCCGCGGAGUCUCCUGGCAAGCACAUUUCGGAGGGGGGCUCGCGGGCUGCGUGAUCGCGUGGGUGCUGAAGCUUGUUUCGUCCUUGUGAGGACUGUCACUAAUGUUAUUAAUCUUACUUCACACAUAUCCACAAACAGA